AUGGCGGCUGUCAUUCAGAAUCCACUAAAAGCGUUGGGCGACCAAUUCUACAAGGAGGCUAUUGAGCAGUGCCGCAGCUACAAUGCUCGCCUGUGUGCCGAACGCAGCGUCCGCCUGCCAUUCCUGGACUCACAAACCGGCGUGGCCCAGAACAACUGCUACAUCUGGAUGGAACGGCACCACCGUAGCCCCGGGGUUUCAGCCGGGCAGAUGUACACUUACCCCGCCCGCUGCUGGAGAAAGAAAAGACGGCUGCACAACACCACAGAUCCCCGCCUGGGCAUCUACGGCCUGCAGCUCGACGGUGGCCUCAUGUCCAAGGACACCUUGCCCACUCAGAGCACCACACUGGAGGCUCUGCUGCGAGGAGAGGGUCUAGACAAGAGGAACAACGCUAAGAACGAUGAGGAGAGUCUGCUGGAGAUCCAGAGGGUUCUGGAGGCCGACGCGGCAGAAGACGCUUUCAACGAUGAUGACGACUACGAAGUAGACACUCCCAAGAGGAGACAUCGGGGCAAAGGAAGAGGUCGGGGUUCAGGCCGUAGGAGGACAGACCUGGAUGACGACAAGCCAUAUGUCUGUGACAACAGAUACAAACAAAAGCAGAACUCAAAAUCUUCGACCUCAGUCUGUGCAAAGCGCUACAGGAACCGUACGGGACUAAGCUACCACUACACCCAUUCCCACCUGGCAGAGGAGGACAGAGCUGGAGAGAGGAACACGGUGGCGUCCAGGUCUCCCUCUGCACCACAGACUGACAGACACAAACGUCCAAAGGGUCCAGGUGGGACCAGCAUUCCCAACAACUACUGUAAUAAAUGCCAGGGCUCCAACAAGAAAACGGGUAAAUCUGGGUCUCCCUGCGCAGCCUGCCAAUGCACAACUGACCGCGGAGAAGAGAAGGAAGAUGGGACUUUUACCGGAGCCGAGGAGCUGUUCGGCACCACCUCGGAGAGCGACACUUCCACCUUUCACGGCUUUGAGGACGACGAGCUGGAGGAGCCCGCUACAAACAGCAACGGGAUAUCCAACCGUCACAGAUAG